AGUGUCCCAGUUUUUGUAUGGGCGCUCCGUGAUAGCAGCUUGCUAGGGCUGUGGGCCGGCAGAUUUUUACCUGCGAUGGGGAGCCUGACUUACAGACCGUCUCCUCUCUCUCCCAGCCUCCUUCUCCUCUUUUGGCCCAUAUCUCUGGUUCUUUGAUCCGUGAAAGGGAGACAUACUCGUACGCUGAUGUGACCUCGUGAGAGGGUUUGGGUUGUAGGUCUUGGUGGGGGUGCUGGAGCUGGGUACAGGAGCUAGAGAGAGGGUAAGGGCGUAACUGGGCACCAGAGACGGGGACUUUGGGCCGUUGACUGGACGUGUCCUCGCAAACCUUGACAUCUCAGUAGACACCACCAGCGUCAAGAUGAGGCGCUUUCUGAGCCGCAAAGGCCGCUUCUCGCUGCGCCAGAGCAAGUCUGGACCUCGCGGUGCCUCCAAAGAUUUCUAUGAUGCUUUCCGUCAACAAAUGGGCUGUCCUCCAAUGAAUAAUCCAAUGAAUAUCAACCUGACCCUCCCGGCUACCAAUCAGAACUGGCCGGAGGAGUUUGGGUUCACUCUGGGGGGCGCGGGCCCCAGCUACAUCCUGUCUGUGAUUGAGGGCAGCAGUGCCUACCUGGCGGGCCUGCAGCCUGGGGACCAGGUGGUGGACAUCGAGGGCCAGGAGGUUUCCUCUCUCAGCACCCAGGCCCUGGUGGCCCUGGCACAGACUCUGAAGACUGUACCCCCCAGCAUCGGAGUGGUGUCACGCAUAGAACAGAUGGAAAUCAACCCAGGCCCCGACGGCCGUUUCGGCUUCACCAUCGUGGGAGACUGCCCCCUCUUGGUGGAUGACUGCCUACCCAACUCCCCGGCGGGCCGCAGCGGCCUCCGGGCCGGUGACUACGUCAUGGAGGUCAACGGGAUCCCUGUCAAGCAUCACGAAACGGCGGCGGCCAUGAUCAAGGUGGCACAGGGACGCCCACUGCGUCUGGGCGUGCUCAGUAUGAGACGGAGGAUCAAGCGCCUCAGCCACAGUAUGAGGGAGGUGUCACUGAGCGGGGAUAGUAUCAGGCAGGACCGUGCACACAAGGCCCUGGAGUUUAACAAGAAGGUGGAGGAGGUGCUUGGUGAUGAGCCAGAUAUAAAGGAACAGCUGUUUGGUGUUCUGAAGCAGUACGCAGCCGAGCGGAACGUGGAGGACCUAGCUGAAGCCCUCCCAGACAUCUUAAUCAAUGAGGACCAUCAGCAGCUGAUUGACAGCGUCAGAUGCUGCUGUGAGCAGGUGUCUCAGUCGACUACGGCCUGCGCCUACCCAAUCUUCAUCCCCAAAAAGCACCGGGAGCGCUUCGAUGACGUUGUGUCCCAGAGCCUGAUGGGCCGGCUCAAAGGGCGGAGCUUCAACGACCCCAGCCGCAACCACCUGCGCCGAUGCCGCAGCGAGGACCACCCGGAGCGACUGCUGGUGUCCACCCGGGCCAGCUCUGUCCCCUGA